AUGCCUAAUACUCUACAUGCUUUUUUAAUCUCACUUUUACUAGUAAUUAAACAAGAAUUGUGUCUGGUUAUUGCCGAUAAUGCAAUUGCUUGCAACAACUUGCAUCGCAGUGAUAUUGAAGGCCACCUGUCCACGAAAACACCCUAUCGCGCAAUUGCCAACUAUAAUGAUACUCCACCGCAUUAUGCCGGUUGCCACCCGACGCGCAUUUGGUCUACGAUACGACAUGGAACGCGAAAUCCGAGUAAGGAGGUUAUUUUACAGGCAAAGGAGCGUCUAACCGCCUUAAAAGAUCAGCUUCUGCAGCAGACUCAGCCCAACCUGUGUGUCGACGAGCUGGAGCAGUUGAGCCGUUGGAGCUGGCAGGACAUUGACGGCAAUGAUGAGAAACUGCUCGUUGCCGAAGGCGAAGACGAGUUAAUUGAACUGGCCGAGCGUAUGCAAUUGCGAUUUCCCACCUUGCUGCCUGAUCUUUAUGAUCCGCAAUGGUACUAUAUGAAGUACACUGCAACGCAGCGCACACUGAAAAGUGCUCAGAGCUUUGCAACCGGUCUGUUUGGACGACAUCGCAUUGCGGCUGUGACGUUUCCGCAGCCACUGCGACAGGAUCCUGUACUUCGUCAUAAAUAAUCUUGAACAAAUUCUGCGCGCCAUUUUUCGUAUUUUCGUCUCAUUUGUUGUGAUGUGGCAGCACCGCACUAUUUUGAGAAUAAGGGUGGACAAGUAAUACGUGAAAGUGCCC